AUGUCUACCACAACGGCCGGCCGGGAAAGUUCUCCCACUCCUCCCUCAGCCUCCCUCGCCCCGCAUGACCUCUCGCCGUGCUACACACGGUCCACGAUCUACGAUCCUGCAGCGUCUGCACCUGCGCCUGCGCAGCCGGGCCAGUCUCAAGCCCCCGACAGCCGCGAAAGCCGAUCUCGACGCACAGCGCAAGCGCGCCUUCGCCGAGGAAUGCUAAGUAACAGCCGAAGGGUAUGCCCGAUGGAUGUGGAGCGCGGUCUCAACGCUGCGUGCGACGCUCGUCGGAAGGCCGCCGAGAAGCCCUGCCGAAGCUACGACCGAAGGUCUCCUCCGCUCGGCACCCCCAAAAAGUCACGUGCAGCCCCACCCUCUCCCUCGGGCAUCGCUCGGAAUCUAUAUCGGCACGUCGAGCUCAUGGCCCGGUACCACAAAGGGGGGCCGCCGCCAAGCUUAUACCGCCGGCCUUGGCGGAAGGAUUUGCUCACCGAUGUACCGAUCUGGGCUCUGGAGUGGAUGCCGAUGCCGAUAGCCCCGAGGCAUAGUCACGAAGAGUAUGAGGACGAUAGGAUUGGAUGGUACCAAAAAUACAGUGCACAGUACGAGGACCAGGACCAAUACCAGGACGAGAGCCAGGGCAGGAACGUGGACGUGGACGAGGACGCGGACCAUUAUGAGAUGCGGUACCUAGAGCAGUCGCUGUUGCGUCGAGACUCGAGUGGAGUCCCGACCUGA